CGCUGAGGGUGUUUUAGAACAGUGAUUGUCAAAUUUCAGUGCGAUUGCAGAAAUUACAUAAAUAUAGAAAUUCUCGGUAUUGCUUGUUAAAUCAUGGCUCGCUCCAGUAGCCCACCGCGUUUCAACAACUACGAGGACGACACGGUGUUCCAGAAUGCCCACUUCACACAGGACAUCAGCGAGCAGAUGCGAGUGCCGAAGAGCAUCAAAGCCACUGGGGAGUACUUUGAUGAGAGGGACAUUCUGCCCGGGAGCGCCAACCUGAACUCAUGGAACUACUCCGAGAAGAUCGACAUGACGGUGCCGGACAGGAUUGUGGUGAUUGGACAGGAGAAGCACCAUGUUCUCGGUUCAGGGACCCGCUCGGCGCCGCGCGAGAUCCUCUUGGAGAACUCCAUUAUGUCCCGCGGAGAGCACGGUCAGGUGAGAGUGUCCACGCCUCCCAGGACCAUCUCACUGGCGGAGCACUACUUCCCCACGGCCUCGGAGCCCGACGAGUCGCCGCGGCACGAGGUCGAGGACGAAUAUGGGGCCGAGAUGCACGGUGACGGAAAUAGAGCGACCGCAAGACAGGCCAAGUACUCCAGUCACCCAUCCGAGCUCGUCAUCAGUCACAGUCGCGAGAGCACACCUCCGAUGAGUCAAUCGCUUAUGGAAGGAAUGACGCCGUCUGAGGAAGUUGUGCAGCUGAGACGUCAGAUCAACAAGCUCAACCGUCGUGUGUACUCGAUUGAGAUGCAGAACAUCCAGCGGGAGCAGCGGGAGAAGAUCGUCUACUGCCUCGGCCUGGCGUAUUUCAUCAUCAAAGCUUUCCUCUGGCUCAACCGAAAUUGAGUGGUAUGAUAAGUUUUGUUUUCUUUUCUAUUACCAAAACCAUUCCGAAGCGAAAUCCCAGUUCCUGCCAGAUGCAGAGGACAUGAUGAUGAUCUCCUGCAUGAUCAGGCGAUGUCGAGAGGGAUUUCUCAUGGGAAUGGCACCCUUAAUUUUCAGUAGAAUGGUAGUGUGAAAUGCCGGAAAAA